UAUUGGUGGAUUCUUUACCGCAAUUUACGGGGCGAGGAUGGUGUUCACACCUCACCCUCUGGGUGGCAGUUUCGUUGCGCUGAACACUCGAGAAUUGCAUGCGAACAGCCGGUGGUUUUUGCAAAGCGACAUCGCUCAUCCAUCACAAGGAGCCACAGACGCUGAGUUGUGACUGUGUUACUGUCAGCGAGACCUAUCGCUUCAUCUGUGCUCCCUUUCCGCGGAUCGGGUCAUUUCAGCUGCUGGUGUUGUGCACGCUGUUGCCGCUGACUGUGCAAUCACCGCACCCACUGUUCAGAGAAUGACCUCCUGAGCUGCUGUCUGUGCGGGCAUCUGAGUGCCGGACCAUUCAAGGUGAUCACAUAGAGACACAUCUGAUUUUCACAAUGACUGAAUUUUUGACCGCACUCGUCUAUGCCUCAGAAAAGUCUGCAAACAUCGCUCGCGCCUGCAAGCAAGAGGAAACGCUCUUUCAGCUGUUGGUCCAAGAGAAAAAAGGGAAUGAGAAAAAUAAGAAAUUUGUUAGUGAUUUCAAAACACUGGCAGAUGUAUUAGUCCAAGAAGUAAUCAAACAUGAUAUUGGAAAGAAAUUUCCAGGGCUGGAAGAUUAUGUCUUUGGUGAAGAAUCAAAUCAAUUCACUAACAGUCUGGGAGAAAAGAUCAAAGUUGAAGUCUGUGCAACAGAGACAGAAACCGCAGAGCUGUUGAGCAAAGUGUUGGAUGGUAAUAUGUCAGCAGCCAAACUAUUAGCGAAGAUUGUUCAUCAUAAUGUCUCCAUUAAGGAUCCUGCAUUGGAGAAGGUGAAAGUAGAUAUUCCCCAGGAUACCAUGGCAGUGUGGGUAGAUCCUAUAGACUCAACACUUCAAUACAUAAAAGGAUAUGCUGAUGAAAAGCCUAAAGAUGGAAUUUACUCCAAAGGCCUCCAGUGUGUGACCAUUCUGAUUGGUGUAUAUAACCGAAGUUCUGGGCUCCCCAUAAUGGGGGUCAUCAACCAGCCCUUUGUAACCCGUGAUCCAGAUAGUUUCAGAUGGAGAGGACAGUAUUUCUGGGGGCUUUCUUAUAAAGGCAUCAACAUAUGUUCACUGCAAAAUCAAGAUGUAAAUGCUACUUCUCAAUCAACUGAUGAUCAGUGUGAAGAUCCAAGGGGGAGUGAAGACCUGCAAUCUGGCAACGAUAAUUUGUCAGCUGUCAUUAGUACAAGUGAAAACGAAGCUAUCAAGACAGCAUUGUCCAUGUUGCGGUUGUACUAUGCAGCUGGGGCUGGCUAUAAGAGCCUGUGUGCUGUGCAAGGCUUUGUCAGUGUCUAUCUUUUGUCUGAGGACACCACUUUCAAAUGGGACUGCUGUGCACCUCAUGCUAUACUGAGGUCUUUGGGAGGAGGUAUGGUAGACUUUAGAGAAUGCUUGAAAAGAAUAAAAGCUGGUAAUUUGGAUGAACGUCCGGAGUUAAUCUAUAAUACACCAGUGAAUGGUGCCACUGGUGUAGACAGAUGGGCCAAUAAAGGGGGCUUAGUAGCCUACAGGUGUCCCAAGGAUUUGGACACUAUUAUGAACAUCGUUUCUAAAGUAAACCUCUGAUCAUAAUUGUUUUUAAAUUUUCUUCCCAUUUAAAAGGGCAGCUAAUAAUAUGAUAAAGUGUAUUACAAAUAUAAUACAGGUUUGGACUUCACAUGAUUUGGUUAGCAAUACAAUAAAACCAAAGGAAGUCUCGUAUUUUACGGUCAAAUUCACAGAACAAACUUCAAAGGGAGAAUAUAUAGUGCUUGUUUAAAUAAGAAUUAUGAUCUCUAGCAUGGAGACAAAACUCGAAGAUUGCAAGAUGAUAGAUUUAAUUACCUUACAGCCACUAACACUAUAAAUAUAAAUAGAUAUAUGUUUUAUCACAGCAUUUCCCAAAUGUCUUCCUAGUGUGACCAUAUUUUAAUGCCACAGAUAUUGUGUUACCCCAGAGUGAAAACGUAUGGGCUUUGAGACUUGUUGCGGGGGAGAUUUCAGCUGUUGAUCAGCCGUGGGCGAAGUAAAUUGAGUGUGGGCAGAGUUGAUGCAAAGCCAGCCGUUCCACAAGAAAUGCAACACCUACUAUUUCACAAGCUUGUUCUCUUCAGCAAACCAGGCCGUGAGAGAGCAGUCCAUUAACCCAUGGCCACCAAGAACAAAAAAAAGCGAAGAUUUAAAGAGCUGGACAAUCUGAGUCCCAUUGCAGGCAUUACUCGUGACCUCAAAAUCUUGUGUCACGACCUCACUGGGGGUCACCUCCCACAGUCUCGCAAGGCCCUGUGUCAUGAUUAUAUUCAUGAUUAAAUUCAGAUACAGGGCAUAAAUUUAACAGUGGCAUGACAUUUUCAGAGGUAGAAAGGGAAGUGGGCACUAUUUCGUGGGGAAGUUAAGUCCACUGCAGCAGCAGAUGGGCUAUAAAAGAGUCACCUGGACAAGCAGGGAGACAGCUCAUUAGAGCCAUAACCUUCCUGCCCAACUAUAAUUCACUUUAUUUACAUUGGCAUAUUGUUAUUUGUGGAGAAUAGCUUACUCAGAGAACUAUAUGUACUGGCACAUCUCAUGGUUGGCACACACUGGUUACAGUGCAAUUAGAAACAUUUCAUUCUUGUCAAAGAGAUAAUGAUGUGCUUUAUUGUUCCCGUGUCCUGUUUUGAAUUCUCCGGUUUCAGCUGGCUCUCCCUUCAAUGCACUGUAAGGAAUAUUGCCUGAGAUCACUUUCAGCAGAGGUAUUUGACAUGUUCUUGAUGAAUCCAAUGCCCUAUAAGAUCUCUGCCAGCCAACAACUAGAGAUAGACCCAAUGUGGACAGUGUUGACAUCCCCCUUUUAAGCCUCUUAUUUUCUUAUUUUGACUGAUUGUUUCACCCACCCCACCACAACCAAAAUGCCAGACCCUUCUCUUGUCCAUUUCCCCCAUUGCUCCGGACACUUGAUUCCAGUCUCCUUCCUAUCGACUGACUCUCGCCAGUUCCAAGUCUCCACACGAGCUCCCACUUUCUUCCUCCUUUCCCUUAUGAUGCAGAGUUCAACAAAUAAAAUCACUGACGUCAGAAUCAACUGCACAAGACUGACUCUUGUGUAUAAAUAAAUAUGAACCAGAUGCUCAGAGGUUUUCAUGCAAUGCUGAGUUUAACUUAAAGGUAAUAAUUGAACAUAGUUUUCUGCUAUUGAGUAUUAAUGGAACACAGUUUUAUUACAAGUAUGAACCUGCCACAGGAUGAGAUGAGGCUCAGCAUGCCACAACCAAACAACUGGCUUCUGACUUAAUCCCUUAACCUCAGCCCACCACCAGGAAGUUGAAAUUUCAGCUUCUACAUAAUUCAGUCACCUUACCCAUCACAUUUCCUGCUCUUGCAAGUUUCAUGAAAUUUCCCCUACUGGAUGUAGAAACUUAGCAGUGUAGCAAACUAGACUAUUUCAUGACUUAACGUAAAAUCUAUAUUGCCAAUAUUUAGGUUCCAAAGUCAUACUCAGAUCGGUGAGCUCAUUAUAGACUACAUAGAUGCAUAAACUACACCAGUUCAUUCCAAAUUUUAAAAGUACCAAUUAAGUAGAUUAAUCAAAGUUUGCAAACAUCCGUCCAAAUUAAAAGCUGUCUGAAUCAGAUCCUACCUUAUUUCCGGUCUGGAAUAUCUUGACACAUGGAUUAAGGUAUUCCCCAUAAAUCUGUGUGUUGUGCUAUAAAUAUGUUGUGCUUCAAACUGAAAUAAUAUUAUACUUUAAUCAAUUUAUGCAUUUCAAGUUCACUUUAAUAUAAGCUCAAAAUAUUUAAGUUACUUGUAAUGAAUCUAUAUCGGUGUUAUGGCACUCAUUCAGUACCUUGGAACUUGAAACAACCCUUUCAGCCCAGAGAUAAGGACAGUACCACAAUGUGCCAGUGGAUCUCAAAUAUACUAUAAUAAAGCUUGGAUUUAUAUGGAAUCUGACCAUUUUAAAAUAGUUCAAGGCAGCUGACCUGAAGAAUUAUCUUCUGAAAUUUGUAGACAAUUACCACCCUGGGGCAGCACUCAAACUGGGAAGGUUGAAACAUGUUUCCUACAGGUGAGCAGCAAUUGGGAGUCAGAGGUCUGGCUGACAUAGUUUUGUCCCUCUUUAGUUUUGAAAUUCUGCCCAGAUAUAGGAUUCUUAUAUCUGGCUUGACAGAGAUUAGCCAACUCAGAUCCAAGUUGAAUCUGGGAUCUUCUUGUUCUAUGUACUCAGUGCUACACAAUUAAAGGAAUUAUUUUAAUUAUUAUUUACACUUGUACCUAAAGAUAUUGAAGUAAUACCUUAUGGAGAUUAUAUAGUAGUGUUGGGACAACCUUAAGAUUGAAACUUUGAUCUCACAUUUGGCUUCCAAGUUAUGAUACAAUGGUUACUAUUUUAUGACUUCAUCUUUUUCUCUUGGAAAAUAGCAUUAACCUGUAGAAGGGGUUCAAGCUGAUCCACAGCACAACCACAGUCUAAUUAUCUAUAUACCAGUCAUUAGAUUGACCCUUUAUGGCAAGACAUUUUUAAAAGCUCUCAUAACUGAUGUGAUGAAUGGGUUCCACCUAUGUGCUUCAGGCACAAGCAUUCCCCCUGGAUAUUAAACCAGUGUUCAGAACAAGAGUUUAGAUCUCCAUGUGUCUAGAAAUCUCAGGCUCAGAAGUGGGAACUGUAAUACUAAACAAAAGGCUUACUCAUAUUAGAUGCUGUGUAUUCAGCCAAUAGACUCAAUCAAUUCAAUUAAAUCAACAGUUAUUAAUUGGUGCUAUUAAUGUGGUGCAACCAGUUGAAGAGAUCAUAUUUUCGUCUAUACUGUCAAUUCACUAAUCUGACUGUCCACCAAAUCUCCAAAAGGACUUUAACUUUCAUAAGUAAAUAGUUAAGGAACUAUAUCUCGGUUACCAAAAGAGAUAAUGCUGGAAAAUCUCAGCAGGUCUGGCAGCAUCUGUAAGCAGAAAAAAGAGCUGAUGUUUCGAGUCUAACUGACCUUUUCAAAGCAGUAGUUUGCUUAUAUCUUGGUUAUAUUCUUGAGUUGACAGUUCUUAUGCUUUCAUGUUGUAAAGUAAGCUCAUAUUUAUGGUGUAUAGAAAAACUGCAAUCAUUACUGAAUGUGAAUGCUGUUUUACUGAAUAUUGUGGGCCAAAGGAUAAAGAAAAACUUAUAAAUUGUUUGCAGUACCUUAAAUGAGCUUUUUUGCUCAGAACAUACAUUCAUGUAUAAUGAUAUAUUAAAUAGUGCUGUAACCAAUAUUGAUGUGCAAUAUAUGUAUAAAAUA